UUUUAUACUCACCAGCUGGAUGAGUGUAAUGGCUUCAGGCUGGUGAUGCUGACACUUGGCUAUCCCCACCAUGGAGUCCUUCCUUAAGAAUCACCUGAGCUGGUUUCACUGCCUAUGGGACAUGAUUUGGCCUCCACCACCAGGUCCCCCGAAGCCACCGGAAUUUAUAGUUCCGCCUGUGACUACAGGGCCACAGGCAGACAUUGUGGUGGCGUUGUACAAAUUCAAUGCCCGGAACACGGAUGAGCUGAGUAUCCAAGAGGGGGAACAAAUCUGCAGAAUCAGUAAUGAAGGGGACUACAUCAUGGCCAGGAAGUUGACCGGUAACAUGGAAGUAGGCUUGGUUCCUGCAAACUAUGUGACUUUCUACCCUCCGUCAGCACCUGUGGUGUGUCCCACGGCCAUUGACGAACCAAGUUACAUGGAAUCUGUAAGUCGGUCGGAGGCAGAGCAGCUGCUCCUCUCUCCCCAAAAUAAGAGCGGCUCUUACCUCGUCCGUCCCAGCGACAGCCACCAUGGCCUGUAUUCACUAUCCGUGAGGCACGAAGAAACAGUCAACCAUUUCCUCAUUAGACAAAAUGACCGCGGCGAAUAUUAUGUUAAUGAGGACAAAGUCUUCCCCACAAUCCCGGAGCUUAUCCUGUUCCAUAAAGCCAACUGGAAACUUCUUAAGUCUCGUCUCCUGCAGCCUUGCAUCCAACAGUCUCUCAUCACGGAGGGUAGCUGGGAAAGGCCCCGCUGUGAGUUUAAGCUGAUCAGUAAAAUCGGGGAAGGUAAUUUCGGGGAGGUUUGGGAAGGUCUCUGGAAUGAUAUCAAGAGAGUCGCCAUAAAGACCUUCAAGCAAGAGAAUAUCCAAAGUGAAUUUGAAAAGGAAAUCAGUGCCCUGAAGAACCUCUCGCACCCCAACCUGAUCCAGCUCUGCGCCGUCUGCUCCUCCGGGGAACCGUUUUUUAUUGUCAUGGAGUUCAUGCCCAAGGGAAACCUGAACAAUUAUUUGAAAAGUGAGGAGGGCGCAAGGUUAAAUCACGACGACUUCAUGCACAUUGUUUGCCAGGUGGCGGACGGUAUGGUCUACCUGGAGACGAAACAUUUAGUCCAUCGAGACCUGGCCACCCGCAACGUCCUGGUGGGGGAUAAUCUCGUCUGCAAAAUUGCUGAUUUUGGAUUAGCCAGACUGCUGAAGGAGGACGUCUACUCUCCGCAGGGCAGUUACACUGUAGCAGUCAAAUGGACGGCUCCAGAAGCCCUGACGCAUUCCAAAUACUCAACCAAAUCGGACGUGUGGUCAUUUGGGAUUCUAAUAUACGAAGUAUUCACUUUGGGGCAGCCUCCGUACCCAGGUAUGACUAACCAAGAAGCUAUGGCUAAAAUCAAAGUGGGCUACCGACUGCCCCAACCGACCCAGUGCAGCAGGGAGAUGUACAAUCUAAUGCUGGAAUGCUGGAAGACGAAGCCCCAAGACAGACCGAGCUUCAAAGAUCUGGCACGGAAACUUUAUGUUAUGAACCAUUCCAGCCGAUGAAUCGCCGGCAUUUUUCCAUACGGUAUCUGCUCUGAUUUGCAGUGUUUGCACUUUAUCGAGAUGUUCUGGACCAAGGAACCUCAACGACCAUCCUGUUCCUCGAAGACGACGGUGGAAGACGUUAGGGACCCGUCUCUUAAAAUCCUACAAGAUGCGAAGGGACCGGUUCGACGAGACCCCGUUCCAGUAAAAAGCUGGUGUAUAGACUGUUUCUGCUGUGCCGGCAGAAAGAGACAUCUCUCUCCAAACCAUGGGACAGAGGUCCCUCUGCGGCAUAUCCUCUGGUGAUGAGAAAAUGUCCGAGUCUCCAUGGCUUGGUAUGGAAGAAGAAAACAUUUUGGUGAUUUGGUGAUGAUUCUAAAUCACAAUUACUGGUGCAGAUUGAAGUGACUCUUAGAGAGAGCGAUCGUUCCGCAACGACUGUAACUUUCUUCAACGUGGACGUUCUGCGCUGUAUGUUGUAAAUUACUAAUGAAAACAAAUGAUAUGUUGCCCGUCA